GUUAAAUUAUAGUGUAAAUGGCGGAUCUAAAUGCAUUCCAUAUCAUCUUCUGUGCAAACUCGCCAGUCGAUUUACCAAACUCUUGCGGAUUCGACAAGUUACCACAAUUACACGUGCUUUCAAAGUGUGUAAAAGAACUGCGGGUUUAUUUGUGCGAUCGCUGCCUUGAUCCGUAAUGGGCGAAAUCAGGAAAUAUGCUUUUUUGCUUUCCACUAACAAAUAAGUUUCAUCUAUAUAAUAUAGUCAACCGGAUCUUCUCAGUUAAAUUCACUUUUAGUCGUUUUUCGAUUAACAUGCCCAUCAUACCUUUACAGCGUUCGUACAAGUACAUGAUGUACGCCACCAAGCAACCCUCAUUAAGAAUAAAUCAGGCAGAUCUCGAAUGCAAAGCUGGAUGCGGGUUUUAUGGCAACGCGGAUUGGGAUGGUUAUUGCUCAAAAUGUUACCGAAAUCAGAUGGAGAGGGAGAGACAACAGAAAUCUCGAGAUGAACCGUACAAGGGCCAUGUGUCAGGUUUCAGUAAAUUUGAAGAGAAAAAACGUCAACAGACUGACAAGAAAACAAAGUAUUUGAAAAGCUUACCAGUUUUUCGGAAAGCUUCUAGUACCAAAGACUCUGGAAAGCCUGAAAAGUAUGUGAGUAUUAGACAGUCCAAUCCAGAUGCAGAGAAACUAGCGGCAGAGUUUUUUAAAGAUUACGGAGCGUUGGAUGAACACUUGACCAAAGAUUUCUUUAAAUGUGUUAGGUCUUUCACAACAAAAAUUCAAAACGAGAUUGAAGCAAAACCUAUUGAAGAAAUUGCCGAAAUGGCACAAACAUAUUACAAUUUGUACGAGUCCAGGGUUAACUCAUAUCCAAUAAAUGCAGAAGUGAAAACGCAGCUAGUCAACUUCUUUGAACGAUACGGCAUGGUUGUUUUAUACAGUUGGUUAUUUUGCCCGCAAACAACUAAUGACGAGGAAAAAGAUCUGUCCAUACAAGAUAGGAUACGAAAACUUACCUGGGUUAAUGCUCAUCAUUUGGAUUGCUGUAUAAGCGAAACCAGCCUGGAAGUAAGAGAUUUAGUAUAUACGGCAAUAAACGAUUUAUUGGGUAUGGAUUCUAUGAAAGCUCCUCAGGAAAAGUUAGAAUGUGUCGUUAAAUGUUGUAGAAGUGUUGUCGAAGUCCUCCAGCAUUGUCAAGGAGGUCCCGUGAGCGCUGAUGAGUUUUUGCCUGCUCUAAUAUUUGUGGUACUUAAAGCGAAUCCUGCGAGACUUAAAAGUAAUAUUUUGUAUGUUACAAGAUUUUGUAAGGAUUCAAGAUUAAUGCAAGGAGAAGCUGGAUACUAUUUUACAAAUUUAUGCUGCGCUGUUUCCUUUAUCGAAAACUUAACAGCCGAUUCUCUGAAUAUGCCGGAACAAGAAUUCGACGCAUAUAUGUCGGGCAAAGUAACAACGAUUAGCGCCUGGGAGUCGGCGUUGGUCGCCUGUGAAGGUAUGCAUCAACUUUGUGAGCAUUUGGCAUUAUUAAAUAAUUUGAAGGAACGAAACAACCUUGUGCAGGAGGAGAAAAGGAAACUGAUGGACGAAAUGAAAAGUUUGAAGGAUGAAAUUAACCAAGGAGUUUCUUCACUGCUAGAAAGAACCCCGUUUGUUAUUAAACCAAGAAAAUUACCCGAAGCCAUCACUGCCGGGGUUCAAAAGACAAAUAAACCUACUGGCACGUUAAUGUCAAACAUUGCGCUUGCAAGUCGGAACGACCAAAAAAAGUCUAAUUUGAAUCUCGAUAUAAUGCCCUUUAUGUCAUUCCCCGACGGACUCAACCAGUCAAAAGUUUCUGGCCUCGUAAAUUCCGCUAACAGCAAACAUUCCGUUGAUGGUAUGACGCCCGACGACAACAGCUCACUGGGUCUCUCCAAAAUCAAUUACGAUAUUGAUCUAUCAGACCUAAGCGCUGAUAACAGCAUAGCUGAUUUACUUACACCCGAAAAAAGAUCAUCGCCGACACCCAGCUUUACUCCGGACCCGUUUAGCCCUUUGGCAACUUCUUGUAAUAUCACAGAGUCUCCCCUGAUGCCUUCCUCCGCGCCUAUCCAAAUAGCAGUUGAUGUAAAAACCACAACGAAGGAAGAUUUUGUUUUGCCAUUUUUGCAGGACAUUCCUGAUGUUAAGUCGGAGGAGACAUUAAUAGAUAGGAUUGACGAGACACCUAUAAUUAACUUGCCUCUUCCGCUUAAUCCCAGCAAGCCGGAGUAUUCCGGCUUUUCCACGCAAGGAUGGCAGAUACCAAGCAUUCCAUGCAACACUGGAGACUUACAUUCGUUGGAUAGUAUACAAGACCCCGGUACAUUAUCAGAAAGCAAAGAGUAAAAUUGUGACAUGUGGCUUUGUUACUCCAUAAUUCGGAGUUGUUGUUAUUUGUGUUUAUUUAUUUCGGUAAUUGUCUUUUUGUUGAAGUGUCAUUUAAUUUCACACGAUUUGACGAAACAAAUUACGCGCUUCGGGAUUUUGUUAUGCUUCGGCAGAGUAAUUUUUUUCUUUAAUCAAGACGCUGUUAGCGGCUUUUUUGUUUCUGUUUCUGCAUACUGCUGUUAAAAUAUGUGGUUUAAUGAAUAAAAAUG